UAUUCACACGCAGUGUGAUACAAAAACCUCAGUGGCAGAUUUUAGACACGCCGCAAACUCCCGUAGUCGCGUCGCGUGUUUUACAUUUUCACAUAAUUUGUGGUGUGAAACGGCCGAAAUAUCAACUGAUUUUCAUUAAAAGGUACAUUUUCGGUGCAUCCCUAAUUGGUCAGUUACUGGCAUGUGUAUGUCCAUCAUUUAUGCGGCUCGACUCGUAGAAAUAUAUUACAUUUAGUCUAGAAUGUAGAGAUAUAGAUGUUACGAAGGUCUUUAGAUUGUGUAUGGUAGAUUCGCAUAUUAUUUGCCUAUCAUUCAAAAAUGCCUCAAAAUUCGCCAACACCUGCAGAUGUUAUACGAUUGGAACCUGUAGGGAGAUACAAGCAGACGCAAAACGGAAACAUUCACACUUCAGGUACUCAUUACACAACACAGAUCACUCAUUCCAUCUGUCAAUCAUCAUCACUCGUUUAUAACGCCUGUGACUUAGGCGGUGUUACAGGAACCGAAAGUCCCGCUGGUCCGACCAAAAAGAGCCUUUACGAAAACAAUGGAGUUGCCGCCUGCUCCCAAAAAAGAGCCCUAUGCAUCGCCACAGUUGUUUUUGCAAUAUUCUUUACUGCUUCUGUUAUUAUCGCCUACACUGGUCCGCAAAGUGAGUGCACUUGUGCGGGCAAUAAGCCGCCAAAUUAUGUGGACGAUGAGUGGAACGAAACCAAAAUGCUGGUUCCGCGUGCUACAAAUGGCCAAAUUUUUCCAUGGAACAAUAUUCGUCUUCCUACUUUUAUAACUCCAACACGAUAUAACAUAACGAUGCAUCCAAAUUUAACGACGCUUGAAGUGAAAGGUCAAGUUUCGAUAGAAUUUCAAGUAGAAAAAGAUACAAAUUUUUUGGUCCUUCAUAGUAAAAAUUUAACUAUUACUGAUAAGAUAGUACAAGAUAAAAAAGGACAUCCCAUAAGGAUUUCAAGACUUUUGGAAUAUUUAGAAGGGCAGCAAAUUUAUAUCGAAAUUAAAGAGAAGUUUAGAAAAAAACACAAUUAUACAUUAAAUAUACGAUAUACAACAAAAUUAAAUCGAGAUUUCGAAGGAUUUUAUAUAUCUAGUUAUAUUAACAAUGGGGAGAGGAGGUACUUGGCGACGACGCACUUUGAACCUACGCACGCACGGUCCGCGUUUCCCUGUUUCGAUGAACCGCACUUCAAAGCUAGAUUUAAAAUGUCAAUUUUUCGUGACAGAUUUCACAUAGCGUUAUUUAAUAUGCCCGUAAUAAAUACUGAAGAUGUCGGAUUUUAUAUGGGAACUGGACUUCUACGUGAUGACUUCCAAGAAUCGGUAGAAAUGAGUACAUAUUUAGUGGCAUUCGUAAUAUGCGAUUAUGUACAUCAAAAUAAACAAACAGAACGAGGCAUAUCGGUUUCGGUAUAUGCACCUCCGCCUUAUAUCUCUCAAGCGUCUUUUGCACUCGAAACUGCUGUCAAUGUCAUGGAUUACUUUGAGGAUUUUUUUAGAGUAGCCUACCCUUUACCGAAGCAAGAUUUGAUCGCCAUACCAGAUUUCGUCUCCGGUGCCAUGGAGAAUUGGGGUCUUAUCACUUACCGCGAAACUUCCAUACUGUAUGAUCCCAAUGAGACAUCAACCUCGGCUCAUCAAUGGGUGGCCAUUGUAGUAGCACACGAACUAGCGCAUCAGUGGUUUGGUAAUUUGGUCACUAUGAGAUGGUGGAACGAUCUUUGGUUAAAUGAGGGAUUUGCCAGUUUUUUAGAAUACGUGGGUGUGGAUAACUUAAAACCGGAAUGGAACAUGAUGGACCAAUUCAUUUUAGAUAAAACACAACCGGCGUUGGCACUUGAUGCUUUAGCCAGCAGUCACCCCAUUUCGGUAGCUAUCCAAGAUCCUAGUGAAAUUGAAGCGAUUUUUGACACGAUUUCUUAUAGUAAAGGUGCUGCGAUAUUGCACAUGCUGGCAAAGUUCUUGCAGUUGGACACCUUACAAAACGGCUUGAACGAGUAUUUAACUACAUUCAAAUACAGUAACGCGGAUACAAAGGAUUUGUGGAACGUUUUCAGUAAACACACAAACCAAUCUUUGGAAGUGAAGGUUAUUAUGGAUACUUGGACGAAUCAAAUGGGCUUUCCACUAGUGACACUUGUGAGAGAAGAAGAUGAAAUCCUCGCCACUCAAGACAGAUUUUUACUAACAACCGAAAGUGUCAAUAGUUCCGUACGAUCGAUGCCGAAGUCUAAAUUUGACUAUAAAUGGUUCGUACCUCUUACAUAUUUUACUAGCAAGUACCCGGAAGAGGUUCAUACAGUUUGGAUGAACAUGAGCGAUGUGCGAAUCGAAGUUGAUAGCGAUGUGAAAUGGAUUAAAGCUAACAUUAAUCAAUCUGGGUUCUAUCGAGUUAUGUACGAUGAAACCAUGUGGACCAAUAUUAUUGCGGACUUACGAAGCAACCAUACCAUAUUCAAUCCAGCAGAUAGAGCAAGCCUGAUCGACGAUGCCUUCACUCUAAGUCGGGCGGGAUUGUUAAAUGCCAGCAUACCUUUAGAUUUAUCCUUAUAUCUAAUAAAAGAAAAAGACUAUGUACCUUGGGCUACUGCAAUUAAACAUUUUCAGGCGUGGAGCCGACGACUAUCUGAAUCGUUGGCUUACAAACUAUUUUUGAAGUAUAUGAGGAAGCUAUUAACUCCGGUUACGAAACUGGUGGGAUGGGGAAGUCAAGGAUCACAUUUAGAAAGACUAUUGCGAACAGAUGUAUUAUCUACUGCAAUACUUUGUGAAUUGAAUGAAACGGUAUUUCAAGCAAAAUCACAAUUUGAAAAGUGGAUGCACAGGAACCAGUCCAUUCCGGCCGAUCUAAAAGAAGUAGUAUAUUCGGCCGGUGUGAAGUACGGAGGUCUGGGUGAAUGGCAACACUGCUGGAAUGUGUACAAUUCAACAAUUGUCCCCAGUGAGCGAAAACUAUUUUUGAAGGCGCUUGGUGUUGCGUCAGAUCCCUGGCUUUUGCAAAGGUAUCUUUUGGAAACAUUGCAUCCGAAUAGAAUUAAGCCACAAGACGUAAAAAUUGUACUAACGGUAGUUGCGGCAAAUCCAGAAGGUAGAUUGUUAGCUUGGAGGCAUUUGAAAGCCUAUUGGCCAAACAUGCAGUCUUUAUUCGGUAAUGCAACAUUUAUGAUGGGAAGUCUCAUAUCAGCUGUCACUGCACACUUAUCAACCCCUUACGAUUAUUAUGAGGUAUCUACGUAUUUUAACGGGAUGAAUGUUGGUUCCGCUACCCGUGCGUUGGAGCAAAGUUUGGAAACGAUCAAACUGAACAUCAACUGGGUAUCUCAAAAUGAGGAAGACAUCUAUACGUGGCUUUUGAAUUAUCUCAAAUAAUUAUCCGAUAUACGUACCUACUAUUUUCUUAUAUAGUUCAGAAUUAUUUUUAUAAAGUAGAAAGUAGGUAAUGUCUUGUGUAAAAGUGAAUGUGAGUGAUUUGAUAUUUGUUUAUUUUCAUUUUACGGAUUCUUCAUAAUCAAUCAUAAUUUCCAUAGCUUUUUAUAAAAAUCAAAUGUAUUUUUCUUAUAAACUGGUACUAAAGUAAUUAAUAUA